AUGGCUGAUAAAGCCAAAGCGGCCGAGGCCAAGGCCAAGGGCAACGUGGAGUUCCAGGCGAAAAACUUCAAGGAGGCCAUCAAGCACUUCACAGAGGCCAUCAAGCAUGACCCCAGCGACCACGUCUUCUUCUCGAACAGGUCUGCCUGCUAUGCAUCUCUCGAGCAGUACGACAAGGCUUUAGAGGAUGGGGCCGAGUGUGUGCGGCUGAAGCCGGAUUGGCCCAAAGGAUACACGCGAAAGGGACUUGCAGAGUUCUUCUUGAAGAAGUACGACGAUGCUGCUGAGACCUACAAGGCUGGGCUCAAGCUGGCGCCAGAAGAUCAGACCUUGAAAGAGGGCUUGAAGAAGGCCAUGGAUGCCAAAUACGACGUGCCUGGUGCAGGUGCAGGUGCUGGCGGAGGCGGCGGCGGCGGCCUGCAAUUUGACCCUGCUGCUCUUACAGCUGCGGCAGUCAGAAAUCCCAAGAUCAAGGAGUACAUGCAGGACCAGGAGCUGAUGCAGAAGGUGCAGAUGCUGGCCUCACUCCCGGGGAACAUGCAGCAGCAGAUGAUCAUGCAGAUGAUGAACCAGGACAAAAGAGUACUAGAACUCUUCAUGGCCAUGCAGGGCAUCGAUGUCAGCACCAUGAGCGGUGAGGAUUUCGGCGAUGCCACGGAAAGGCCUUCUCCUGCUCCCAAGAAGAAGGAGGAGCCGAAGAAGGAAGAGGCUCCGCCCGAGGACCUCAGGACUCCCGAGCAGAAGGAGGCAGACGACUGGAAGACCAAAGGCAACGAGUUGUACAAGAAGAAACAGUUCAAGGAAGCCCUGGAGAUGUACGACAAGGCGAUCGCCGUCGUACCUGACGACAUCACAUACCACAACAACAGGAAUGCCGUCCUCAUUGAGAUGGGAGCAGAGCACUUCGACGAGGUCAUCAAAAGCUGCAAAGAUCUCAUUGACCGAAGAUAUGAGAUCAACAGUGCGAACCCUGGUGGCGCAUCCUUCGAGAAGGUCGCCAAGGUUUUCCAGAGGAUGGCUUCUGUUUACGAGAAGCAGAACAAGUAUGAUGAUGCGAUUGCCAUGUACAACAAGGCGCUGACCGAGGACAACAAUCGGAGCACUCGCAACUCCUUGCGGGAGUGCGAGAGGGCAAAGGAGAAGCAUGAGAAAGAAGCCUACCUCGACCCGGCAAAGGCCGAGGAGCACAGAGAAAAGGGCAACGAGUUCUUCAAGGAGAAGAAGUAUGCAGAGGCCAAGGCGGAAUACGACGAAGGCCUCAAACGCAAUCCCAAGGAUGCAAAGAUGUACUCCAACAGGGCAGCCGCGCUGACCAAACUGUUGGCGUAUCCUGAUGCUCUUCGAGACCUGGAUGAGUGCCUCAAGCUGGACCCCAGCUUCGUGAAAGCGUAUUCCAGGAAAGGAGCAGCGCACUUCUUCAUGAAGGAAUACCACAAGUCUCUGCAGGCUUACGAGCAAGGAUUGAAGCUGGACCCUGAAAACGCGGACCUCCUCUCUGCAAGCGCAUGCUUUUCAGUCAUGUAG